AUGAACGCUUUUGGACACCAACCAUCCAACCAGCAGACCAGUCCCAUUCAGCACCACAGCGCGCAGGAACUCCUGGACAUGGCCGUGUACUGCGACAACUACGGUGUGUACCAACAGAACCUCCACCACCACCACCCUCAGAGGCCGCCCACACACCCCUCCAGCUACGGCCUCGGAGAGUACACCUCCCCGUCCGCAAACCCUUACCUGUGGCUGAACGGACCCGGCAUCAACUCCUCUCCGUAUCUCUCCGGGAACAACGGCACCUCCUACAUCCAGUCUGGAUAUGGGUCCAACCAGAGGCAGUUCUUACCGCCUCCUCCAACCGGGUUCGGUGGAGCAGACCUGGGCUGGCUGUCCAUAUCCAGCCAGCAGGAACUCUUCAAGAUGGUCAGACCACCUUACUCCUACUCUGCGUUGAUAGCCAUGGCCAUACAAAACGCCCAGGAUAAAAAGUUAACCCUGAGUCAGAUCUAUCAGUAUGUGGCUGACAACUUUCCCUUCUACAAGAAGAGCAAAGCUGGAUGGCAGAAUUCAAUCCGGCAUAAUCUGUCUCUGAACGACUGUUUCAAGAAGGUGGCACGGGACGAGGAUGAUCCAGGUGAGACUUGGAGAAAUUGAUCUUUUAACAUUUUAAAGAUACAUCUUUUAAUCUAGUCUUUGUGUCGAUUAAACUCUCACAAUUGUCAGUCGUCAUUUUGAUAAAAAAGUAAACAUAAAGUUGUCGUUUCCAUGAACAACUUAGAAAACUUUGGAAUUCAUCUCUAACUCUCACUUCGUCUUGCAGGUAAAGGAAACUACUGGACUCUGGACCCAAACUGUGAGAAAAUGUUCGAUAACGGUAACUUCAGACGAAAAAGGAAGAGGAGGUCAGACAUAACCGGCCCUGACAGCAGCCCUCUCCCGGUAAAGUCAGAGGACAACCCGCACAGCAAGCUCUCAGACACCGCCAGCCUCCUCAGCUCUUCCCCGCCAAGCCUGCACGGAUCCCCGGCCUCGACGGAGCCGAAGUCGUCGCCGCCUCCCUCCGCGGAGCACAGCCCGUGUUUCGGCAGCUUUGUAUCCAGCGUCAACGCGCUGUUGGCGGGCAGCGGCAGCGACGUGACCCGGGGAGGAGGAGGAGGUGGAGGUGGAGGAGGAGAACGGGACUUCGGCUCCGGGCAUCACGGUGGACUGAGUCAGGGCAGAGAGGGGGGCAUGUCUGGACUUGGCUCCUACUCGCCCACUUUAAUCUCCCCGUUGAACUCUGAAAAUAACAGAAUGAACUAUUACACAUCCGUACAGAGCAUUUCCAACCAUUUCAGUGUGAAUAACCUCAUAUACAGCCGGGAAGGAACCGAGGUCUAA